UCGUCCGGAGAUCAGACUCGAACUCAGGUAACAAGGAGAACCUCUACAUCUGCCAAGACCCUUCGUGCAGCUACGCCACCAAUUUUCCACCACUGGCGUCGAUUCCCCUCAUCCCACGCUCAACCCCGCGUAGGUCAUCGCGCAUUUUGGCCUCGGGUGAACAUCGCCCGUAAGCGAUCAUUCAAAAUGCCCUUCAAGAAUGCGAAACCACCCUCCUCGCCAGGCAAUUUGACCUUCGAUUGUCCCUCUGACCCUCUCAUCCAUCGCUUCUCUUCCUCCUGCUAUAGAUAUGUCACUCUCCGACCACUCACAAAAGCUCACUAGCACGCUCGAGCAAGCCAAGCUCGUCCCGGGCUCGGCGGCGGCACUGAUACCAGAGGGCUUCCAACCGACGACUAAGCUGGAGGUCUCGUUCGCGGACAAGGCUCUGGAUGUGGGCAACUUCUUCCGCGCAGGCGAGUGCAAGCUCGCGCCCAGCAUCUCGUUCGCGGCCGAAGAGGGCGCUGACACGGGUGCCUCGUACACGCUCUUCCUGACGGACCCGGACGCACCCACCCCGGACAACCCGCAGUUUGCGUUCUGGCGCCAUUGGGUUCUCCCCGGGCUUCAGCCGCUUAGCGGAGGCGCGGUUGUCGCGCAGACGAAGCCGGCGUUGACCGAGUUUCUCGGACCCGGACCCAAGGAUGACUCGAAGCCGCACAGGUACCUCUUCCUGCUCUACCGGGAACCUCAGGGACUGGAUCUGAAGAAGGAGGAUGUUGGCGGAGAGGAGUUCGUGCAGAGGCGUUCAUGGAAGCCUGCUGAAUUUGCCGAAAAGCAUGGCCUGAAGCUCGUUGGAGUAAACUGGAUGACCUGCGCCGGCGAUGGCUGGACGGAGUGAGGCACGAUGGUCGGUUCGUCUGGCAGAUGCAGCUCGGGAGUCCAAUACCAAGGCAUCACGAGCCAUUGAAGAAUAUACACAAGACAGUACUGUUCUUCAAGCUUUCUAGACCGAUGUUUCACAUGACCGAA